GCCCGGACUAUGCCUUCCAUAUUUGGCACUGCAUACGCGUUUAUUCAGCAUGUACAAGCAGGCCACGCUAAACCUAAUACAUAAUGCAUAACUAACCCACUAUUCCACAUAUGGUCUAGCGCGACGACAUCACUCUUAAAGCGCAUCAUUGAGCUCCUUCACCAAAUCGAUAUCACUGACCCGACCGCGCCAACACUCCACGCAUGUGAAUUUAAGCCGGCUCGAAUUUCCCUAUGAUCACUUGAACCCGCGAUCGCCCGUGCGAAACGAAUCAUAAUGACCGAUUAUUCAAAAUGGAAGGUGACCGACCUAAAGGCUGAGCUGAAGCGCCGCGGUAUUGCGCAGACCGGCCUCCGGGUUAAACAGCAGUUUAUCGACAAACUUCUCGAGGCUGAAGCUGGCGACCAAGGCGGAGAGUCGACCGAGGGAGCUUCCGCUGGACCGGAAUCUACCGAUGCGCAGGAUACAGCUGAGCAGCAAACCGCCGAAACUGAACAACCCGCGGAACAGCCGACCCCCGACGUGCCGCAAGACGUGAAACCCGAGGAACAGAAAACGGAAGAACCGAAGCCGGAACAAGCACAGGAAUCGUUGGCCCAAAAUGGCCAUGUCGAAAAGCGCGACGAACCCAAACCUACGGAGCCGACGGCGGAAGAAACACCAAGGGUUGAGGCCGAGGUAGACCAGCCGAUGACCGAUGCGGCUGAACAAGAGCGACAGGAGGAGAAACCACAAGAACAGGAGCAGGCGGAUUCAGGAAAGGAGGCAGAGAAAGCUCCAGAAGAGGUGCCGGCCUCUCAGGCCGGACCCGAUGAGGCAGCCGCUCAACCGGUUGAGCAGGCUUCCGGUGAUGCGGUGACUCAGGAAGCUCCAUCUGAACAACGCGAACCUGCAGGCGCGGAACCUGCUGCUCCUACCGAUAAGGAUGCACCAUCGGCCAAAGCGCCGGAAGCGGGCGACGAAUUGCCCCCUGCCCUCCCUACUGAAGAAGGGGCUGAGGACAGGCUUAAACGGAAGCGCCGCAGCCAAAGCCCGAUCGCAACGCCUGAAGCGCUUGCAAGUAAAAAGGCUAAAGCGCAGGAUGAGACACCGCGUGUGGUGUUGCCAGAGGACCAGGAAGGUCUCGCUACAGAAGAACAACUAGUCAAAGAGCAGGUGCAGCAACAGGAAGCCAGAGAGGAGCAUGGCGCACCUGCACCCGCACCCGUUCCUGAGGAGUCGCGUCCCAGGAAGGAAGCGCCGCCUAAGCAGGACGCCCGGUUUAAGGGCCUCUUUGCCGGCGCAGAGCGGGAACAGGUCCGCCCUGCUUCGCCUCUGGCGGACACGGAGAUGAAGGACGCAGAGGUUGAGCCUGCGCUUCAUGUUGCUACCGCAGCUCUCUAUAUUGGCGGACUGAUGCGCCCGCUCCAGCCAGGAAUGCUGCGAAACCAUUUAGUCACCUUGGCGUCUGCUCCAGGAUCCUCGCCUAGUGAAGACGUAAUCGUCGACUUCCAUCUGGAUCAUAUUAAGACACAUUGCUUCGCUAGCUUUAUAAAUGUUUCAGCAGCAUCACGAGUUCGUUCUGCGCUCCAUGGAAACAUUUGGCCAAAUGAACGGAACCGCAAGAAUCUCUUUGUUGAUUUUAUUCCGGACCAGAAGCUCCAACAAUGGAUUGACAUGGAGGAAGAAUCACGACGACGUGGUGGUCCUCAGCCCCGUUGGGAGGUCAGAUAUGACCGCACCGAAGAUGGCGUCGAAGCCGUCCUGGACGAAAUCGACCCCAAGAGCGCCGCCGGAAACCCAGCUCCACGAAGCCGCCAGGAAUCCAUGACCGACGCCCCCCGCGUACCUCCAUCUGGUCCACGUGCUGACAGAGAGCGAUUCCCAUCCGGUCCUUCACGAGCACCGCCACCGGCAGAACCUCGGCCAUCGCGACCGGGGCAGGGCUUCAAACCACUCGAUGAACUGUUCAAGUCCACAACAGUCAAACCCAAACUUUACUAUCUCCCGGUAUCGCGAGAAACAGCAGAUCGACGUCUGGACCGGUUCGACGAUCUACUGCGAAAGGGAGACUAUCCCCGUCGCGGAGGUGAUGAGACCAGACGUAUCUCAUUUGAGGAUGGAGACCUGUUCGUGGACAAUGGACCGGAAUUCGCAGGAGGAGGAGGAGGAGGAGGAGGAGGAGGAGGACGGAACCGACGUCGGGGCCGCGGGCGCGGUGGCUUUGGGGAUUCGUGGAGGGGAUGAGGCAUUGUGUAAUAUUUUAGUUGCAUUUGGGAAUGGAUUUAUUGGAUUGGACUGGGGUUUUGGCAUGUGUAUUAUAUCUCAUUUUCAUCUAUUAUAACUGUACAGUAAGAGGCUUCGUAUAAAAUAUCCGAAGAUUACCCAAAAAGGAUAAAGUGAGGCCAUCAAAGCUUGACCAAAUCUUGGC